AUGAAGACCGCCGCAUUCGCCCUCUCCGCCCUCGCCCUCGCGGCCUCCGCCUCGGCCGCGACCAUCAACAAAGCCCGCUCCGCCCAAUCCGACGGCUCCUACGCGCCCGCCCCCUCCGGCAGCUCCCCUCCCACACCCGCCCAAGGCCAGCCGCAGCAGGGCCAGUCCGACUCCUCAUCCGUCCCGUCCUACUACCUCGACUUCACGACCCAGCAGCUCGGCGCCGACAGCCAGUACUCGGACGCGUCCGGCACCAUCGACGUCUCCAUCUCCGGUGGUGACGUGCUGAUUUCCGUGGCCGUCGUCAACCCGGCCGACAACGCGGCGUGCUUCGUCCGUGACGCGCAGGGCAACCAGAUCCGCGCGUUUGGCGGGCCGGAUCAGGAUGUCGAUAGCGUGCAGUUCGUCGAGGCGGAUGGGAAGCAGGCCCGCAGCAUUCAUUGCCAGCCGGCUUAG